GCCAAAAGAGCUUGCUUGCUGGGAGGCAGGAGCUGGGCCGAGAGAUGCAGCCAGGAGGAACAGCUGGGCCUGCAGAGGCCGCCAUGCGGGAGGCAGAGGCCGGGCCUCCUCAAGUCGGCCUCUCCAGACCCACUUGCAGCCUCCCGGCGUCCUCUCCGGGCCCGGCUCUUCCUCCCGGCUGCGUCUCCAGGCCCGACUGCUGCCUGCCAACAACCUCUUUGGACUCAGCGCCUGCCCAUCUCCUGGCGGCCUUGGUCGGCCCACAGCUUCCUCAAGCCAAGCUCCCCAGGCCCAGGUCAGGCCUCACGGUGGCCUCUCCAGGAUCAGCUCCUGCCCUCCGAUGGUGUCUCCAGGCCCCAAAUGGUCUCCGGUCGGUGGGCUCCUCCACGCCCAGCUUGGGCCUCCCUGCGACCUCUGCAGGCCCAAGUCGUCCUGAAGUCGACGUCUCCCGGCCCUGCCUCCCAGCAAGUAAGCAAGCUCUUUUGGCUCAACUCCUGCCCAGCUCCCAGCUGGCUUUGUAGGCCCCGAACUUUCUCGAGCCAAGCUCUUCGCGCCCGCCUACUGCCUCUCGGUCGCCUGUACAGGCCUAGCUGUGGCUAUAGAACAGCCUCUGCAGGCCCCGCUCUUGCCUCCCAGGGGCCUCUCCAGGCCCAGCUCUCGCCCCCACGGCGGCCUCCUGGGGCCAAGUCCCUGCCUGCCUCCCCGCAGCCCGCUUGCGGCCCAGUUUCUCCCUCACGGUGGCCUGUUGAUGCCCAACUCAUGCCUCUGGCACCCUGCCCAGAGGCGGGAGUACCUGCCUCCCACUGGCUCCUCCCACGCUGAGAGAGGUCGGCGUGAGCCCCUUGCCUCACACUGGCCCCUCCCACGCUGACCCCUUGGCUCACACCGGCCCCUCCCACGCAGAGAGAGGUCAGCAUGACCCCUUGCCUCACACCGGCCCCUCCCACGCUGAGAGAGGUCCGCAUGAGCCCCUUGCCUCACACUGGUCCCUCCCACCCUUACAGAGGUCGGUGUGAGCCCCUUGCCUCACACUGGCCCCUCCCACGCUGACCCCUUGCCUCACACCGGACCGUCCCAGGCAGAGAGAGGUCAGCGUGAGCCCCUUGCCUCACACCGGCCCCUCCCACGC